AUGGAUGCAGAUAAUAUUUCUGCAACAGCACCAUCAGUUUCAACUGAAAAACGCCUAAAGAGAUUUUAUCAUGAUCAGAAUCUGGACAGAUUCAUCCCCAAUCGUGCUGCAAUGGAUUUUAACUUUGCGAAUUACAUGCUUACGGGUGGGAAGGUUCAUAAGGAAAGCUCCUCUCCUUGUUCACCAUGGAGAGAAAACUACCAAAAGAAGCUUGCUGAAGCUCUCAAUAUGAAUAGGACACGGAUCCUUUCUUUCAAAAACAAGCCACCUCCGUCACUUAAUGCUGUCAAGGAGACUUCUCCGCCUCUUCUUAAGUCGUCCGUGAAGCAUAGGAGAUAUAUUUCUCAAUCUAGUGAUAGGACUUUGGAUGCACCUGAUAUUGUGGAUGACUACUAUUUGGAUAUCGUUGAUUGGGGUAUCAGCAAUAUUAUUGCUAUUGGUCUUGGAUAUAGUGUCUAUCUGUGGGAUGCAUCAAACGGGUCAACCUCUGAACUUUUAUCAGCUGAUUAUAACAGUGGCCCUGUUACAAGUGUAAAGUGGGCACCUGAUGGAAGACAUCUAGCUGUCGGUUUGAACAAUUCUAAGGUUCAGCUGUGGGAUGUUACUACCACACGACGGUUGAGGACUCUACAAGGAGGGCAUCAUUCGAGAGUCGCAUCUCUCGAUUGGAACAAUCAUAUUUUGACAACCGGUAGCAUGGAUAGUUUAAUAAUCAACAAUGAUGUUAGAAUAAGUUCACAUAUCAUUGGGACAUACAGAGGCCAUCAUCAAGAGGUUUGUGGAUUGAAAUGGUCACCAUCAGGUCAACAGUUAGUGAGCGGUGGUAACGACAACCUUGUCUAUAUAUGGAACCUGUCUUCUAAUCAAAGCAUACACUGCUUCUCAGACCAUACAUCUGCUGUAAAAGCUCUAGAGUGGUGUCCAUUUCAGAGUAAUUUACUAGCUUCUGGUGGUGGAGUAGGAGAUCAGUGCAUUAAGUUUUGGAAUUCAAACACGGGUGCAUGCUUGAAUUCAGUGGACACGGGCUCACAGGUGUCAUGCUUGCUUUGGAAUAGACAUGAGCGAGAACUUUUGAGCUCUCAUGGGUUCAGUGACAACCAACUCACUCUUUGGAAGUACCCUUCUAUGGUUAAGUUGGCUGAACUCCGUGGUCACACUUCAAGGGUACUGCAUAUGACUCAGAGUCCAGAUGGGUAUAGGGUUGCAUCUGUCGGUGCUGAUGAGACGCUGCGAGUGUGGAACGUGUUUGGUACACCACAAGUGGUCAAGAAUAUAAGUGAUAAACAUGCAGAACCAUUUGCUAAUGUUGGACGUAUUAGAUGAGUAUCUGAAAACUAAUCACAGGCAAGAAGUUUACUUUCUGAAAUAGCUUUUGAAAUGGUUGUAAAGAUGCAUAUCCAUUUAAGUUUAAGUUUUAUAUUGUAAAGUUUUUCUGUAUAA